CACCGCUACGCUUCGUAGCCAGUUAUCUCGCGCGCCUCAGCCUUUCCGCUCGCGUAUCGCUCCGCGUCGUUCACUCAACUAACCCACUUUCUAUUCGUCAGUUUCAACAGUGAAUAAUUUUCAAACUUCACAUUCCAUUUUCAAAUGGAUAGAGCGUUUUUUGUUUUUUCAUUCAGUGGCUAGUGUUCAAUUAUGUAUGUUAUUGGAGUUAGUUCUUAUCGAUGAAAUAAAGCCGUGAUCGCAUGGACGACGCUAGCGUUCCGGGCCGCCGCGGCCACCGGACGACACCCGUUCCCCGUUUGGCACAUUCCUUAUCUAUAACGACGCACUGAGGUUCGGUAGCAAGACCUGACCACAAAACUCAGACAAUAAUAGCAGCCUUCAAUAGCAAGCCUUUAAGAUGAACGUUACGGAAACCAGCCUCGACGUCAACCGGUCCACACCGAUUUAUACAAUCGGCACCAGCUUUAUUACGCAAUGGAAACUACAGAAGAUGAGACAGAGGACAUGUCUAACCACCGCUGGGGGGUACCAAGAGUGUCACGGCGAGUACUUAGUGGCCAAUGGCACGAACUACACUGACAUCUACUACUUCAACAAUACAUUCGAAAAUAUUCUCACCGUUAAUGGUGGCUUGCAACCAGUGUUGCCGCCCUUCCCGCUGUGGUUGGCCGCCAUCUUUGCCACGUGCCUGGUGUUGGUCAUCCUACUGACAGUCAGCGGUAACGUGCUGGUACUCCUCGCUUUCCUGGUCGACAGGACCAUCCGACAGCCCAGUAACUACUUCAUCGCCUCGCUAGCUGCCACCGAUCUGUUAAUUGGUACUUUGUCACUUCCAUUCUACACUGACUACGUUCUAAAGGGCUACUGGCAUUUGGGGCCCCUACUGUGCGACCUUUGGCUAUCAGUCGACUACACCGUGUGUCUCGUCUCACAAUACACAGUCCUACUUAUAACUGUAGAUAGAUUCUGCAGCGUGAAAAUUGCGGCGCGGUAUAGAGCCUGGCGCACGAAAAAUAGAGUUAUCUGGAUGGUAACCGUAACAUGGAUCAUCCCAGCUUUACUGUUCUUUACGACAAUAUUCGGAUGGGAACAUUUUGUUGGAUACAGAGAUUUACAAGAAGGCGAAUGUGCCGUGCAGUUUUUAAAAGACCCAAUAUUCAAUACAGCUUUAAUCAUAGGCUAUUAUUGGACUACGCUGUUCGUUUUGAUUGUACUUUAUGCUGGAAUUUUUAAAACAGCGUAUGAUAUGCAAAAGAAGAGCGAAGCGAAACAAAGAAAGAUGCAGUCCAUGGUGGCAUUAAGUGCUGGAGUUAUGACAGGAAUGGCUGGCCGAGCUGCCGGAAUGGCAGCCUUAUCGAAAGCUACUAUAUCCAGUGAGGAUCAGAUGAAAGUAUCUGAGGCGAUGCGGAAAGAUUCCACGUCAAAGGGUUCUCUGGCAGCUCCGUUGCUUAAUCUUGGUGGAUCCAGUGACUCCAAUUCAAGUCAGAAGUCUUCAGCUCACAAAAGUAGUGCUACUGUAACUGGUACUUCUACUACAGCUGAAUCUGAUGGAGAUAAGAAAGAAGAUCAGGUGGAAGCAGAAAGGUCGAGUAGUCCAGCUUUUGAUUCAGAUGAAGAAAGUACUACACAGACGAAUGUUAAGAAACGGCCGUCUGUGGCUAACUUAGUGAUGCAAACAGGUGCUAUUCAACUAUUGAAUAACAUGCGACUUAACGGCGGAAUGAUGAUUAAAACUGAUAUGAAACAGUCACCAAUUCUCAAACACGAGCUAGAGAAGCCAAAAUCAUCAUUAUCACAGAUAUCAGAGAAGAGUUUACUUGACACUGACAACCCUGAUACAUCGCAGGGUACCGACAAUAUUCCUAUACCAAAUGUGCCAUUGUCUACCGCUAGUCUUAUGUCCCCAUUAUCAUCUGGUAUAACAACACCGUCCGAACAAAGAGAAGUAUCGACUACAAUUGCUCAAAGAAUCAUUCCACCCCCGACAGAAUUCAGGUGUAGUCCUCCAGUUUCUGAAAGCCCUCCAUCACAUUCAGAAUCAUCUCGCACUAGGACUGUAAGACUUAUGAAAGGAGAUGGGACGUCGUACGAUAUGCUUGUAGGUAUGGACGGAGCAGACUUGAGGUAUAUGGAUGAGAGUUCUGUGAAUGUGCCAUCACCCACAUACGAGAGCCCACCCUCAUCUGUCACAUUCCCCACCGCGACUGCGACUGAACCAUCAUCUCCGCCUACUUUAAAUUCAGGUAACGAAACUAACAAGUCUUUAUUACAAGCAGCCUUAAUACGAGCGACCGCAGAAGCUCAAGUAACACAGCCUAAAACGAAUUUCUCCCCGCCUCCUCCAAUUAAAGUGAAUACCGAGGUGAGUUUAACUACAGGGGAACGUUCAAAGCCUGUCAUUACUCUUGUAUCGUCGUCUUCCAACAACAAUGAACCUCAACCUCCAAAGCCGGUUGAGGCAAAAACGUCUCCAUUAAAACUCAAUCCCGCAAUAAGUCCAGCGGUCGAAAAUAGUGAUAUAUCAACUACCGUGGUAACUGGGUCAGGCCGCGGCGACUCCAAGAAAGAGUUUGUAAAAAAUAUAGGAAAAAAAUUAAAAGUUAAACGUUCAAAGCGAGACGGUCUGUUCCCGAGCAUUGGUCGUCAGAAAUCGAAAUCGGAAAACCGAGCGAGGAAAGCUUUUAGAACUAUAUCGUUCAUAUUAGGCGCGUUCGUCGUUUGUUGGACUCCAUAUCACAUACUGGCGCUGGUGGAGGGUUUCUGCACUGACCCGCCGUGCAUUAACAAACAUCUGUACAUGUUCUCGUACUUCUUGUGCUACGCGAACAGUCCCAUCAAUCCGUUUUGCUACGCGCUCGCCAACCAGCAGUUCAAGAAGACUUUCACGAGACUCCUCCGGGGGGACUUCCACAUCACCUAGUCCAUGUAUGUCGGUCACCGACACGCGUAAACCGGAGAAACUGACCGAAAGUCCGAUGGCAAAUGUUUUACGCACAACUUUCAUUGAAAGAUGAUUAUUAUAUUAAUAAGACAAUACCAAAUUAAUGACUUUGUUAAAAGCUUUCAUUGUAUAGACAUGGAGUCGUGUAGCGUACGUGUAUUAAAUGUAUAGCGGUUUCAGCUUUAUAAAAGCAAAUCUUUAUUAAAUGUAAAUAGUAAUAGAAAUGUACAUUUUGAUUUUUAUUUCUUCAAAUGUUCAGAACUGACAAUAAAUUGUUAGAUCGUGUAUAUAAAGGUGAAUUUAAAGUCUCUUCGUAUUUCUAAUUAAUGUUAUAAUUAAUUAAUGUAAUACUAGUUUAGUCUGAUAGAGAUUGCUUCAAGUGAUGUCGAAGACAUUGUGGUAAUAUAAAUGUUUUUAGAUUUAUAUGAAUAUUUAUUGUAUAAUGAUAAUAAAUGAAGUAUUUAAUAAGCCACAAUAGUAUUGUGUGUGACAAUGAGUUGGUAUUUAGCUUAAUGUUAGAUUAAAAUUAAUUAAAAUAAUUUAUUAGAAUAAAAAUAACAAUAAUUUUGAGUAACUUAUUGAUGUCAAUAUAGUAAAAGAAUAACAUAAAGAAACAAAGUAUUCUGAUGUAAUAACAGAACAAGACUAACUCACUCAUGGUCACAUACUCAAAUGAGAUUACGCUUCGAAGCUUUUAGCCUUGAGCCCAGCUAAAGUUUUCUAGCGUUUGAAAUAGUCAAUUAAAAUAAUAUUUGUAUAGAAAUAACACUAAAAAUGCGGGCCUAAACCGUUUUAGGUGAUAAAGAAAUAGUGUAUCCGUAAUAUCUGACUUAGUUUUCUUAUGUAAACUGGAUUAUUAGAACAUAGUUGAUUUGAGAAAUAAGUUUGAGAGAAAAUGCUUCAGAUUUUGAGUAGAUUACUUUUAAUUAUUAUUAAUACAAGAAAUAUACAUAUACACAGAUAAGUUAUUACCUAGAUUUUCAAUUCCUUUGGACUGAUAUUUUUAUAAUACUCAUCGUGUAAAUACAUAUCAGAUAGUGUCAUUUAUAAAAAACGAAACUUGAAGCAUUUUCAAAUAGAUUUUUUAUAGUUCCCGAUAAUUUUUAUGAAUGUAUAGUCGCUUUAAAUAAUCUGUAUAUUAAAAAGUAUCGUUUGUGAGUAUUUAAUAAGUUAUUGCAGAAUAAAAAUGAAAGACAAAAGUGAAAUAAAUUAGUUGGUAAAUAUUAAAGAAUUAAUAAAGGAAAAUAGAAUUAUUAUAGCCAGUACAAGCGAUCAGUUUUUUCAAAUGCAUUUAUAGAAAUUAAUAAUGUAAACGUGUAUCAUGCCCCGAUUAUUAUAAUGGAUGUCAUAUACUAUUAGAAAGUGUUUUCCCGUAGAAAUAAUAACAAUAAUAAUACCUUAUUUUUUACGGAUUGAGCCAAAAAUUUAAUUUAUUAUUUAUUAGCGGCCCAUUAUCGUCAAUUAUUUUAUUUUUGAUCCUUUUAUUGUUAUUUAUUAUUAAAGGUUAUUUUAUUUUAAAAUGUUUAAAUAAUUUAUGAAUAAAAUAUUUUUAUUCUAGUCAAGUUUAUACCUGUUAAUCUUAAGCUGUUUAUACCAAAGAAACUCAUUGUUGUCAUCGUAUUAUUAUUAGUAAAUGUAAAUAAUAAUAAAUAGUCAUAAUGAUUAUAAUAAUUGGUCAUGGGCAGUAUUGUGUUUAGUAAUAUAAUAUUAAUCUAGUGUUCUCGCCUUAGAACAGUGUCAAUAACUACUAUAUAAAAUUGUACAUAUGCUUUGUAUACUGUCUGUUCAUUUUAUGUCGGAAAAUGAGAAUUAUAAUGAAUAAAAAUAGUAAUUUCA